AUGUCUGGACUGGUCUCUGACGAGGUCGCCGAGGACUACAAGAGCUCCUUGGAGGAUCUCACGGGCAACGACCGCUUCCAGAUCAGCAACCUGACCGUCAUAGCCAAGGAGAACACCGAGCAUGCCAUGGCCAUCUCCCGUGUGUUGGAGAAUCACAUCCGAUCAACUCCACCUCCGCAGAAGCUGCCUGCGCUGUAUGUAGUCGAUUCCAUCGUCAAGAACGUCGGAACUCCCUACACACUCUUCCUGGGGCGGAACAUGUAUCAGACCUUUAUGAAUGCGUAUACGCUGGUCGACUCGGCGACACGUCGCAAGUUGGAUGAGAUGCUCAAGACGUGGAAGGAGCCGGUUCCAGGCUCACUGGACACUCGCCCAGUCUUUCCCCCCGACGUCACCCGCAACAUCGAGAAUGCCCUCAUCAAGGCGCGCACUGCAGCCUUGCAGCAAGAACAAGCUCGAGGCAGCCGGGACGUGUUGAUCCGGGGCCGCGGCAGUGGCACGCCCACCGGCUGGGUCAACAGUCCAACACCACCGCAGGGCUUGCCUCGACAGGUCAACCCCCACCCCAGCAGCAAUGGCCAGAGCUAUGGCACAUCGGUAGGAGAUUCCACUUCCCUACGGUCCCUGGAUGCUGGAUCGACUCACACUAACCCACCAUCCCAGACACCACCGCAAGGGAAUCGUCCAGCUUCGGAGUUAGAGGCUCUCAAUCGCGACCUUGAAGUCUGCAUCCUCACGGCACGCAACGACUUCGCCAAUGCUCCGUUUGAUCCCACCUCGCAGCAACGGCUGAAAGCAUUACUCGACCUGCAGACCAUCAUGAGGAACCAGCAACUCACCCCAGACCAGCUCAAGCUGGUUCGCGAUCAAGUCUCGGCCUUGAGACCGCAGGCGUCUGUGGCCCCAAAUGCCGCUCCCAUUGUGCCUGCUGCCGUCCCAGCACCUCCCGCUCCCGUCUCGACUCCUCCAACUCAAUCCGCAUCCCAACCACUCCAGCAACUCUUGAACUCGGGCACCCUUGCAGAGCUCAUCAAAGCCACUGCCAUCCGCCAAGUACCCACUCCUCCGCCACAUAUCCCGAACGCCAUUCCUACGAUGCCCCAGAUGCCCCCGAUGCCCCCCGCCAGCAAUACACCGCAACCCGAGAACCCGCUGAUUGCCGCGCUCAGGUCGCGGGGGAUCUUGCCUCCCGCAUCGGCUCCCCCGGUGAUGGGUUCUUCCACGGGGCCGCCACCCCCAGGGGGCCAGCUUCCGUUUCUCAUGUCUGGUGGCAUGCGAUCGACGCCUCCUGCUCCCACACCACAGUCAUCAAUGUCAGCCUCAUCCUCGAUUCCCAUGAACUCCGCAUCCAUGAAAAUCCCUCGAAUCACCCUUGUGGUCUCUCUAUACGAAGCCAAGCCAAACCGUUGUGGAACCUGCGGACGCCGGUUCCCUGCUACUCAGGAGGGGAGAGAGAAAAAAGCACGGCAUCUGGACUGGCACUUCAAGACUAAUCAGCGCAUGUCUGAGGCUGCUAAGCGAGCCCAGACCCGUAGCUGGUACGUCGAUGAGAGGGAUUGGAUCAAGUCUCGAGAGGUCGAUGACGACCAACCGGUGGCCGAUGCAGAGGCCACCGGUGACGGGGGAGCUGGAGCCGAUGGCAAUGCCUCGAAGCAGGGCCCACCCCAGGCGUGGAUCCGGGCCCCGAACGAUGCCACGCUCCGCAACACGCCUUGCCCCAUCUGUCAGGAGAAGUUUGAGUCGACCUGGUCGGAGGACGUUCAGGACUGGAUCUGGCAGGACGCCAUCAAGGUCGGCAGUCGCGUCUAUCACGCGAGCUGCUACGCCGAAGUGACCAAGGAUGGCCCUGCGCCACGUAGCUCCACACCCCAGGCCCGCACCGGCACCCCCGAUUCAGUGCUGGGCAAGCGGAAGGCAGAAGGAACUGACUCCCCUGGAGGCAAGGCGCGCAUUAAGACAGAGCCCGCGUGA